GUGGCUGCUGCUUCAAACCAGAGACAAGCAAGGAUGGCUUAAAACUUUUUGAAACUGAGACCGUUCUGUCUUUGGAGAUGAGAAAAUGCAAAACCAAAGCUGACCCAGACUCCGUCACUGAAAGUCUUUUGAAGAGUUACUUUCCUGUUCAUGGGUACGAUACACUUCCAGAGGCUGUCUUACCAAGCCAAAUAAGCAGUAAAGUGACAGUGACACAGAAAGUUCUUAAAAAGAAGAUUCAGGAGGACAAAAAUGGACGUUUCAUGGAGAAAGACAAACGUAUACUGGAGGAGCUGAAGAGCUUGCAUUGUGACCCACACCCCUACAUUAAGAUCUUUCCAUCAGAAAGAGACUUCACUUUCUGGAAGAUUCUCAUGGAGGGCCCUCCUGAAACUCCUUAUGAGAAUGGAGUGUUUGAGCUGUUCUGUCAGUUUGGUCCUGAAUACCCAGUGAAGCCUCCAACUGUUCGCUUUGUCACACGCAUAUACCAUUGCAACAUUAACAAUGUAGGGCGUAUCUGCCACAACAUUUUUGACCGGAACUACAAUGCCCAAAUCACCAUGAGAGAAAUCCUCAAUGCCGUGUUUGGAUUACUGAUCAUCCCUGAGCCGGAAGAUCCACUGGACAG